AUGAAGAUAGUGAAGCGAGUAGUAUUGAAGCGAAUGCCUACCGCCUAAUGUUUUGCCCUAUUGUUCACAAUGUCGCGGAAAAUGAAUAGGUUUUAAGUGACUCUAAAUAGACUAGCCGUGUUUUUCAUGAAUGGUGUAUUAUACAUCAAUCGAGAUGGAACAGAUACUAUGUAAGAAACAUAAAGAACGGUAAUACCGGUUAAAAGCAUUGACAGAUUUAACGAAGAACGCUUUGUCAUGGACAUGCAAGCUUCGAAUGUUUAUGCAUCCAUCUCUGCAAUGCCAGAAUUAGGGAUGGUAUGGAUGGGGGACAUGAUGGUACACGGAGAACCUACACACGAGCUAAUGUUAGACCCUCGUCAAAGCGAAAGUCCAUUUUUUUCUCAUGGUUCGCAUGCUUACGAAGAUCUUCGGAGUCAUCAAAUUGCUCCUACAGCGAUGGUACGAUAUUUAGCACCUCAAUAUCCCAAUGAGUGUUCAGAACCGGAUGAAACUAUGGAAACUAUGGAUACGCAAGAGAUGCAACAAGAAUAUGACUCGCAAUCGGAAAGACAAGAAAUGAGUGAAUAUUUAACAUUAGAAGAUUAUAUGGCUGACGAUGAUAGAGAACAGGUAGUAAGUAAUGCAGCAACUCAAACUACUCAUGAUGGCUCACCGUUGUUACGAAAUCGGAAAAUAAAGCCUAUAAAACAUCCUGGGCUUAUUUUAAAGACACCAAUUGCCUAUCAACCGCAUACCGAUUUAAACUUCAUUCCUAUUCGUAAAGAUGGCAUAGCUGUUUGUGAAAAAUGUGGUGCUAUUGGAGUUAAACAUGCAUUUUAUACAAAAGAGCGAAGAUUUUGUAGUAGAGCAUGCGCACGUUCUUCGGAACAUACUGCUUCUACUGCAGAUUCAACGUAUAGCCCAUCGUAUCCCAUAGAACCAACAACAGCUAUGAAUGCAAAGUCUCCUACUGAUACAAAAUCUGCUAAAGAUGUAAUAAAAAAAGAAAUAGAGUUGAGCGAACCUAUCAAAGAAGAUGAAGAAAAAGUUAUAGCGGAACCUGUAAUGCCUGAAGAUUUACCAGUAAGAAGGAAGAGAACUGCAGAAAUGGCAGGCUCCUAUGAUUGGACCCCGCAUUUAGUUGAACCUGGAUUUUGUGCUGCACCAGUUUCUUGUUUUAAACACGCACCCAUAUCCGAAAUAUGGGACAACAUAACAGUGGGUAUGAAAGUCGAAGUUGAAAAUACUGACUGCGACGAAGUAUGCGAAGCUUUUCCAGACUCUUUUUGGGUUGCUACUGUAUUACGCAUAUCUGGAUAUAGAGCUCUAUUGAGGUAUGAAGGAUUUGGCCAUAAUGCAGAGAAAGAUUUUUGGGUAUCACUUUGUUCUAACGAUAUUCACCCUGUUGGUUGGUGUGCCACAAUUGGGAAACCGCUUAUACCACCAAACACUAUCGCUAAUAAGUACAAAGAUUGGAAGGACUUUUUAAGAAGAAGGUUAACCGGUGCAAGAACAUUAACAACUAAUUUCUAUAAUAAAGUUAAUGACAGUAUGAAAUCUCGGUUUAGAUGCGGGCUUCAUUUAGAAGUAGUAGAUAAAAACAGAAUUUCUCAAGUUAAAGUAGCUACAAUACAAAAAAUUGUUGGUAAGCGAUUGCACGUAAGAUAUUAUGAUUCACCACCCGAAGAUAAUGGUUUCUGGUGUCACGAAGACUCUCCUCUUAUACAUCCUGUUGGUUGGGCAAAGAGAGUAGGACAAACGUUAGAUGCAUAUCCUGAAUAUUUAGAACGCAUUUCUAAAGCAAAACUGUGUGAAGAUGAUGCUACAGAUGGUCUUUUUCAUGUGCCAAAGAAUCAUCAUCUCCACCUAGGAUAUACUUUUAGAGAAGGAAUGAAAAUAGAAGCUAUCGAUCCUCUUAAUCUUUCUGCUAUCUGUGCAGCCACAGUUAUGCAAGUUCUAAAAGAAGAUUAUAUUAUGAUUCGUAUUGAUAGUUAUGACGAAGAUGCUAGUGGUGCCGAUUGGUUUUGCUAUCAUUCAUGUUCUCCCUGUAUCUUUCCUAUUGGAUUUUGUUCUCAGCAUGGCCUACCGCUUACACCGCCAAAAGGUUAUGAUUCAACCACCUUUACGUGGGACGCAUACUUGAUAGAAACAAACACUGUACCAGCCCCUGUACAAUUAUUUAACAGGGAAAUACCCCAACAUGGAUUCAUCGAAGGUAUGAGACUGGAAGCUGCCGAUUUGAUGGAUCCUAGAUUAGUAUGCGUUGCUACUAUCACCAGAGUGAUCGGUCGAUUGUUGAGGGUACAUUUUGAUGGUUGGGAAGAUGAAUAUGAUCAGUGGUUAGAUUGUCAGAGUCCAGAUAUUUAUCCAGUUGGUUGGUGCGAUCUUGUAGAUCAUAAAUUAGAGGGGCCCCGUGUACUCGUUAAAAACACUAGUCCUACUGUAAAAUCACCAAGAGGCCUUAAACGUAAAUCUAAGAAAAAAGUAAAAAAAGGAAGCAAGGUAUUUUGCGCAAAAAAUAUUCUACCUCGUCAUAGUGAACGUAUUAGUAUGGCACGUGAACGUGAACGAGAAUUAGAACCGGCACAAGGAACAAAAAUUGAACGAGAACGCGAUCUUGAGGGUUUACCGGAACAAGGAAGUAGAGAACCAGAACCGGCAGAAGAACCUGCUGGCCCUGAUCAAACUUUACCUAGUCCAACGAGUGGACAAGGUCAAGCAUUGAGCGAUAUGCAAAGUGAUGUGCAAAGCCCUCCACCACCCAAAGAAAGAAUCGCGACAUCGUACAUCAAUGUAACUUCAGGAAAUACAAAAUAUAUUCCAAGGUUAGCUGACGUUGUUCCAAAAGGUUCAGAUUGUGGUGAUUUGGUGCCAUCUGAAUGGAAUGUUUUUGAUGUUGCUCAAUUUCUCCGUGUCAAUGAUUGUGCAACGUACUGUGACAAUUUUAGCAAACGCAAAAUUGAUGGGAAUACUUUGCUAACUCUAACAAAGGACCAAAUAAUAGACCUAACGGGUUUCAAAGUUGGACCUUCCUUAAAAAUUUAUGAUCUUAUUCAGCAAUUAAAAAUCAAAGUAAAUCCAGCUCAGGAAAGAUUGAAACUAGGACUAAAAAAAUUAUUAUAACAUACUUAGUAUAUAGCUGAUAUUAUGAAUAAGUUUCAACUGAAAAAUAGAUUAAACAUGGAUUUACAGGUAAGGCAUGUGGAUACGUUUAAGUCAUCACAUGUUGCAUCUAAGUUGCACUCCGUUUAAUAUCCUUCUGACAGUAAUUUGUUUGGGCAAGUAAUGACAUGUUUUCUUAUUUUCUUGUAUUUCUUUAUUUUUUCUUUAAAACCUAAGAACAGAGAAUUUGAUUGAAUACAUAAUUGGACGCUAAUGUAAAUGGACGCUAAAGUAAGCUAUUCGAAAUCAAUAUUAUGUACAAAAUAAUUCAGAAUACUUGGAUACAUUUAACAUUAAUAUGUAGAUAAGAUUUUAUAUAUGCAUUUUAAAUUUGUUUGUAUUUAUAAAUAUGUGAUUUAUUUUACCUAGGAGGUUUUCAUUUUAGCGAGUUAUUUUCCCUGUAUUGCCAUAAUUUGUAAAUCCAUGAGUCAGUUAAAUUCAUCGAAUGCAAAUGCACCAGCCAUUUAUCGGUAAAGUCAGAAAGAAAUGUUUUUCAACCGAAAUACAAUUUAGAGAUGAAAUGUAAGAACUAUAGAAAUUCUGUAUUACAGUUUACACGUAGACAAAGUAAGUGAAAUAAGAUAAAAUAAUGUAAUAUGAUAAAGUACAAAAUAGUAUUUGUUUAUCGAUGAUAUUAUUUCAUAAAUAAUAACGAUUAUAAAAAUAUCAUUAAUAUCUGAAUUUUUCAGUAUAAUCGAAUGGACUACUACUUUCAUUAGUUUGUGCCAGAUUACAAUUUCCAUUAAUAUAUUUGUACAUAGCUAAAGGGAUGUAAGUUAUCCAUUUUUCUGCUUGUAAAUAUUAUUUUAAGAAUAAUACAAUAUCGAGGCAUAAGUGACAAAUGGAAAAAAAAGUAGUGUAUGGCAUUAAUAGCACAUGACAAUUAUUACCAAUUGGCUGAUGCGUUUGUAUGAAUGUACGUUAGGGUACGCAAUAUUAAUGCGGUACUUACUCGUCAAUACAGUGAAAAAAAAAUCAAAGAAAAUAGAUAAAAAUAUAAUAUAAGAAUAACUCAGCUUUGACUCAUAAAAUACUAUUUUAGUACCACAGAGUAACGCAGGUUACUCUUAUUAUUUAUUCACUGUUUUUGAAAACAUUGUAGCAAUUAACUCGAACUUGUACCUUAUAUCUGGCAUUUUAACAAAUUUUGUUGAUUAACUCAGAGACAAAUUAUCCAUUGAUUGUAGAACCUUGUCACAAAGAAGUAAACGCUAAGCUACAGUCUAAAUAGUUUCCGGGCAUCUAAAGUGCACUGGGUCUAGCGAAAUUUAUUAAAUAGAAAAUUUGGAUUAGUUAAGAAUUAAGAACAAAAUUGAUCACGAGAUGUUUAUACUAAAAAAUAUAAAAGAUAUAUUAAUUUUCUUUUACAUUCAACAGAUAUUGUGAAAAUGUAUAAAAUAUAUUGUAGGAUAAAUGAGGAAAUGUUAGCAUCUUACAAUCCAAUUUCAAUCCAAUUGCAAUUCGAUUUAAAUCCAAUUUUUGGAUAAUAAGGUAUAAAUGUUUUUUGAUUAAGUAAGAAAUUAAUAUUUAUAAUAUUUAUACUAUUUUCAUUGUUUAACAAUGCGUUUACGAGUACAAAACCUUCUAAUAGCCAUAAAAUUUGGAUUACAGCUAUUUAAUUGUUAGUAGUAUGAAGAAAAUAAGUCGCGAGACUCAGAUUUUUUCCAAACUGACAGACUCGGACAGGUUCCAAAAGCUAUGUUUUUUAACAGUUGGCAAAAUUUCGCUAAAUAUUCAUUCAAGAAUAGCAUGACUCGUAAAACUUAUUACCCAAAUCUUUGAGUAUUAUUGAACGUAUACUAGAACAACUGCAUAGUAUUACUGCAAUCAUUAAAUAGAUGUUACUAACAAUAAGAGGAUACAAAAGAAACAGGUGUAAAAGGAUAUAUGGUGCAGGGAAAUAUAAGUCAUAGAUCAUAAAAGUAAAUUAUAUUAUAUAUUACAAUACAUAGAUUAUAAAUGCAGCCUGUGAUAUCUGCUGCGUUAAAAAGUAGAAAUUUGGUCGAUUGCUCUUGUCACAAAGCAUAAUCUAUUUCCAUAUAUGCUGUCUGCAUAUAUUGUCUGGUUCCGUUUUCAAAUUCGUCGAAGAAAAAGAAAAUAUGCAUUGUAAAUGAUCUAAUCAUAUUUUGAUGCUUCUUUAGAAAUUUGUUUUGCCUACUUUAAACAUAGAUUAUUUGAAAGAAGUUCGAACCACGCAAACUGUAUUCACAAUUGUAACCCAUAAGAAGCCACUUAUCAUCUAUUAAGUGUAAUAUAUUUCUUUUUUACUUAUAGUCCGAACUAUGGGGAAUAAAUAUGAAUACAGUUGAUAUAUUUCGAUGAUAGUGUAUAAAAGUAUUUAUCGGUAUGAUAGAUUUGAAGCUAAUUCGGAUUGAUGCUUUUUUUUUUCUUUUUUUUUUUUUUCUAUAAGCUUCUUAAUACUUAUAUUUCUUUUUUAUAUAAGAAUAAAUAAUAAUUGAUUAAGGAUUAAUGUUUUACACAUAUUGUAAAGAACAUGCAAAUAAUGACGGAAGUACAUUGUUUACAUAAGAUAGCGUAAGCAUUGUUCCAUUCGCGUGUAAUACCAUUCCUUAUAAUUUAAAGCAAGAAAAGGGGAUAUUCUUGGCAUCAUAUUUAUAAUGAGAAAAAAGAAUAAAAAGAAAUAUUUCAUUUGA